AUGUCCCCACCAACUGCUGUCGAGAUUAUUGAGGAAGGUAUUCGUAACCAAUCCAUCAAGACUAACAAUGCUGUGUUGAAAGAAGGUUUUGCUGCCAAUUAUAUUGACAAGCUACCGGAACACUCGCGUAAGCGAUUUGAACGACAUGGAGUUGAUCUUUCUCGUGGUUAUCCAGAGCGUCCAUCUCAUAUUCCAAUCUGGCUAGACGAAGCAGCCAAAAUUCACAGUAGUCGCAGCGAGUAUGUUGAGAAAGGUGCUAAAGCUGAUCCAGAAAAGAAGGCUUUGUUCGGUGCUGCUAAAGAAGUGAUUAACUUGACGAAGCACAUUGGUACUGAGAUUGUCGGUUUACAAUUGGCUGACUUGAACCAAACACAAUUGGAUGAGCUGGCAUUACUCAUUGCCGAGAGAUCUGUAGUGUUCUUCCGUGACCAAGAUUUGGCUCCUCAGAAGCAGCUUGAAAUCGGAAAGUAUUUUGGAGACGUCGAGAUCCACCCUCAAGUGCCACAUGUUCCAGGACUUCCGGGUGUUUCAGUUAUCUGGCCGGAUUUCCAGGUCUUUGAAGGCCGAGUAGUCAACUUCAGAAAGCCAGGUGGUGCAUCCGGAUGGCACACAGAUUUGGAUCAUUUGAUUCAAAGUGCUGCUAUUACACAUCUUCACAAUGAUGAAAUUCCUGCUGUUGGAGGCGACACAUCUUGGUCGUCUGGAUAUGGACUUUAUGACAAGCUGUCUCCUGCUCUCCAGAAAUUCCUUGAAGGAAAGACUGCUAUCCACAGAUCAGCACAUGCGUACUUGGACAAGAACGAUCAAUUCGGUGGUCCAAAGUACAUUGAAACUGAGCACCCUAUUGUAAGAACACAUCCAGCAACCGGAUGGAAAGCGGUUUGGGUCAACCGUGCUCAUACUGUCCGAAUUGUCGGUUUAGAACCAGCAGAGUCGGCAGCAAUUCUUAAUUUGCUUUAUGAUAUCAUUGAGAAGAACCUUGAUAUCCAGGUUAGAUUCAGAUGGCAACCAACCAAGGAGGGUCUUGGAACCUCUGCUCUCUGGGAUAACCGUAUCACUAUCCACAAUGCAGUUGGCGAUUACUCAGAGCCUCGUCAUGGAACUCGAGUGAGUGGUCUCGGUGAGAAACCAUACUAUGAUCCUAACUCCAAGUCUCGUCAUGAGGCUCUUGGUCUGUCAGUCUAA